AUGAAGGCGGAGAAGAGUCCGCUUCAGUCCGUGAUGUCAUGGAUUCGCCGGCAACCGCCCAAGAUAAAGGCUUUUCUCGGCGUGGUUUCGGCAACGGCGGUGCUCGUUUUCCUGAGGGUGAUUGUCCAUGAGCACGAUAACCUUUUCAUCGCUUCCGAGGCUGUCAAUGCUCUGGGAAACUCUGUCCUUAUCUACAAGCUCAUCAAGGAGAAGACUUGCGCUGGAGUUAACAGCUUUGUUUCUGGCUGUGCGACUGUAUUGCUUAGACCUACUUAUAUGGAGGACGAAGACAACUUUGGCAUCUACUAUGUUAUUACUAGUGUUAAUGUGGAUCGUGAGGAAAGAUCAACCCUCAGAGAGGUAUCCCACAAGAGAAGGAUUCCUGAUCUUCAUCAGAACACUUCUAUUGGAUCCACAGACAUAACUGAUACGUGGGAACCUAAAGAGGAAGGCCUUCUUCCAAUCGAGACAACAAGGCAUGUGUCGAUGAUAACUAUCACACUUUCAAAGGUGGAGCUGAACACAUCCUCAGUUGGGUACCAGUGUCCGAUUCCCAUUGAGAUGGUGAAGCCAUUAGCUGAGAUUGAUUACGAAGGACAAGAUGGAUCACCUAGAGGCAGGGGAAGAAGAGGCAGAGGAGGAAGGGGAAGGGGAGGAAGAGGUGGCAGAGGAAAUGGAUAUGUGAAUGCUGCUGAGCAUGAGGAUGGAGGAAUGGAGCCUGAGCGGUCAUCUGGAAGAGGAAGAGGGCGUGGGAGAGGAGGAGUGCGCGGUGGUCGAGGAAGAGGAGGUUACAAUGGUCCACCUGCACGGUACUAUGAAGCUCAGCAAGAUGGAGGAGACUAUGGAUACAACAAUGCUCCUCCUCCACAGGAUCGUGAGUAUGGUGAUGGAGGUGUGGAGCCUGAGAGGUCAUAUGGUAGAGGAAGAGGGCGUGGCAGAGGAGGAGGACGUGGUGGUCGUGGAAGAGGAGGUUACAAUGGUCCCCCACCUCACUAUGAAGCUCAACAUGAUGGAGGAGACUACGGAUACAACAAUGGUCCUCCUCAACAUGAUCAUGGAUAUGAUGCUCCUCCUCAGGGACGUGGACGUGGCCGUGGAAGGGGAGGUCGUGGAAGAGGAGGAGGCCGUGGUGGAUUCAACAGAUCAAAUGGACCACCGAUUCAGGCAGCUGCUUAA